GUGAAAUUUCCGGCGGACACAGCUAUAGAAGGGUGUGGACCAGUGCGACUUUGAAUCGCGAAAGAACGAAAUGGACAAUGUUGCGACAGUUGAAUUUCUGGCUGCCGGAGGUAACUGCCAUCCUUCCGCCGCGGACUGGGCUCCGGGUCUGCUUGCUUUCGGAAGUCACCACAACAUCGCAAUAUGGAAUCCGGAGGAUGAAACUUACGCUGGAAUUACGGCCUUGCUAGCGGGACACAGGGACAAGGUCAAUGCCAUAAAAAUUUACAAAGCCGAACAAGCAUACCAAAUCAUCAGCGGCGGCGCCGACAAGACUAUCAGAAUCUGGAAAUCUUCUGGAAACUCGCUUUCUGCUUUUCAACAGACGGUCUGCCUAGAAGAGCAUCAUGGCUCGGUCAACACGAUCGCAGUGCUACCGCAAGCCAAAAUCUUCGUCUCUGGAGCGUCCGAUGGCACACUGAAGAUAUGGAAUCUUGUCGAUGAUGAGCUCCCGACUCUGGCGCAGUCAUGUAUCUUGAAACCCCGAUUUCUGCCCUUGGCGACAGCCCUCACGCAGCUCCCGAGCGGCGAUAUUGUGCUCGCCGUUGCUGGCACUUCAAAUCAUAUCCAGAUCUACGUGAGAGGACAUUCAAGUACGCACUUUUCAUUGCAAGCAACACUCACGGGGCAUGAAGGAUGGCUCCGGUCCCUAGACUUUGCCCAGGAACGCUUCGACAACAGCCGGGAUGUCUUACUUGCAUCAGCCAGCCAAGAUAAAUAUAUACGUUUAUGGCGCUUCCGCAAACAAGAUGCCGCGGUUAUCAACACUGAUAAAUACGACAUUACUGGCGACCCAAUAACGUCGCUCUCGAACAAAGCGCACGAAGUAGGUAGCGCUGAUGCCAGGUAUACCAUCACAUUCGAGGCACUUCUGAUUGGGCACGAAGACUGGAUUUACACAGCACGUUGGGCAUCCAGCCGUACUGACGGCCAAGCACCAACACUGCUCUCAGCAUCUGCGGACAACUCGCUAUCAAUAUGGAGCGCUGACGCCGCGUCUGGGCUGUGGGUGUGCAGCACAAGAUUGGGCGAGGUCAGCUCUCAGAAAGGGUCGACCACAGCUACUGGAAGCACUGGCGGAUUCUGGAUUGGUCUAUGGCAGUCGGACUCAUCAUCUGUUGUCAGUCUUGGUCGAACAGGAAGCUGGCGACGUUGGAAACUCGACUCUGACUCCGACAUGUGGCACCAGCAAGUCGGCAUUUCUGGCCACGUGCAGGAGGUUCGUGGACUGACGUGGUCACGCGAUGGAUCAUCUCUGAUCUCAACGAGCUCUGAUCAGACGACAAGAUUAUGGUGUCAAUGGCUGAGGGAUACAAAGUUGUCGUGGCACGAAUUCUCACGGCCUCAAAUUCACGGUUACGAUCUCAAUUGUAUCGACAGCGUUACCAACGACCAAUUUAUCUCUGGUGCAGAUGAGAAAUUGCUUCGUGUCUUCAACAAGCCCAAAGCCAUUGACGCGCUCCUCUCUCGGCUCUGUGGACUUGACUUAUCGGCAAAGGACGACCUUCCAGAUGCUGCCAACAUACCCGUCCUUGGUCUUUCAAACAAGGCCGUCACGGUGACUGACGAUCAUCAAGAGCAUGACAACGACAUCCACGACGGGGAUGAGGAGUCAGGUUUCGAAGCCAAUGUCCACAAAAACGCGCUCGAUUUUGAACACCCUCCACUUGAGGACCACCUUGCCAGGCAUACACUCUGGCCGGAGAUUGAGAAGUUAUAUGGCCAUGGUUACGAAAUUUCGACUGUGGCUGCAAGCCACGACGGUAAUAUAGUUGCCACGGCUUGCAAAGCGAGCUCGAUUGACCAUGCGACAAUCCGGAUAUACGAGGCGCGCGAGUGGAGGGAGAUCAAACCACCAUUAAAGGCCCAUAGCUUGACAGUGACUGGUCUGGCAUUCUCGCCGGACAACCAAUACCUGCUUAGCGUAGGGCGUGAUAGACAGUGGUCAUUGUUCAAGCGACAAGAACCUGAGUCACCCACCUUUGUGCCCCUCACAGCCGAUCCAAAGGGUCACUCCAGGAUGAUUCUGGGCUGUUCCUGGGCGCCGUCGUCCGUGGGUGCAAUCUUCGCAACGGCUGGUCGUGAUCGAGUUGUCAAAAUCUGGCGGGUCCGCGACGGUGGUGUGGAGAAUUUGACCAACAUACCGUCAAAAGCCCCAGUCACGGCCAUUGCCUUCGCACUAGAAGCCGACACAAGUCAGUUUCGCCUAGCAUUUGCCUGCGAGGAAGGCAGUAUCGCAAUUGUGGACCUUGACGCACAAGACGCGCAUGUGCUAGACACGAAACAUAUCGACGAUCUUUGCAAGCCUCAUGUCGUUGUCAAUGCGAUGAAGUGGCGACCUGCGAAGGGUGGCGCAGAUGCUUCCAACACAGUUGUCGAAAGCAAGAAACUGGCCGUGGCGAGCGAUGAUGGAAGUAUCAGGAUAUAUAGCGUCCGAUGAUGUGCAGAUUAAUGCCAAUGAAAUGAUGUGAAGAUCUGUUUACACAUCAUCGCGUGUGCGCAUCAUGUCCAAGGACAGUUGUUGAGAACAGUUGCAUCGACACGGGCGUGGAGAGGUGUGAGAAACGUCAUGCUUCGUGUAAACAGACACGAUGAAGUCACGAGAAUCAGUCCUACCCAGUCGUUUCAAAUGAUUCAGAUCCGUGUUUCAAAGUUAUAUUAUCAUAUCUACAGUCGGUCUUCCAUCUCUUGCCAACGGGAACGGUGAUGCCUGUUGUUGAUGUCGAGGAUGUUGAGCUUCCCUCUACAACCACGAUAAUGGUGGUUUCAAGCGCCGUCCGUGAUCGAGAGUUAGAUAUAGACGUGUGCUAUUUGUGCAUUGCUUCGAGACUGUAGCGUUUCGGACGGCUCACUGCCUAGAUCGUGUCGACAAAUGCGAAAGCAAAGGCAACAUGGCGAGUUC